AGUAAUAAUCGAACCGCAGAUCACAUGUGUAUCUCAUGAGGGCAGCGGCCCGAAGGUGGCCCAUAUACGCCACCAAACGUCUUGUAGACAUAUUACCUCACCUUUGUACAUCAGGUGAACGUCAUACGAUAGUCUCAAAUGUUUUAUUCCAUUUUUUAGGGUCCAAUAAUCAACCCAGUGAUGGGAUGUCUAGAUACUUUGUUAACAGUUAUACUGAAGCACUUAACUAUGUUUAUUCUGAUAAGAGCUAUUUAGAACCGCCUUUUGCUGAUGCAGUGGCAGGCCACGCUCGUGAGUUGAUUUUCUGUCCAUUGGACCGUCAACUUCUAACUGAAGUUAGUCCUUCCAUGAGAGUUCAAUCCAUACAAUCACUUGUUGCCAGUAUUGAACAAUCUUUGCACAGAUUUGCGGUUUAUAAUACACGUGCUAAAGAAUAUGUAUGCAUUAACGGCCUCUUCAAUGCUGUUGGCGCUGCAGAUUUUGGUAAAAUACUUCGAUUAUUGCGUUUACAACACAAAUUGGAUUCAAUAGAUGCACAAACUUUGAAUGAGUACUUUAAGGCAAAGCUGGCUGAAGGUUCUGAAAUUGCGCUGCUAGAUGCAGUCGAUAUGGUUUUGUUACUGCUCCAAAGAGGAUCGAUAAAUAGCAUAUUUCAGCCUUUUGUAGAAGGCUCUUUACGUACUAUUGAUAUUUUGAGGCACAUUGUGGAAGCGGAGUCGAAGUUGGCGUUUAAUCACUUUUUGGCUGAAGCUCCAUCAGAUCUCCGAUUGCAAACAUGCGACUUUCUGAAAUCCGCUGAUAGCCACACAGGUUUGUUGAUAUAUCCUUGGGGAUAUGUGGAGUUACAAAGGAUUUUGAUGGGAAAUAAUGCUGAUGUAUCUAGCGAAAAGCACGCCAGAGUAGCAUCCGGCACAACUCCUAAAACAGGUCAUGCAACCCACGAACAUACAGGAAAUGGAAUCGAUAAUGCAAUUUCUGAUCUUAAUAUCGCACAAAAGGUGGACACAAUCGCUGGUGUCAACCUUUGCUUGAAGGUGUUACGCCGUUAUGGUCAUCAUCAUGGCGACGUACAUAAUGGACUGGUCGGCGUCCAUUUAGAAAACGAUGUUGCAGUGCUGUACAUUCCUGAUCAUACAUUUAUCAUAGAUUUGCUUGUAACAGAUCCUUAUUACCAAGAUACGGUGUUUUACUUAUUAGCUUGGCUGUGGUCCAACUCGGCACUUGUGAAGGUUGGAUACCAUCUCUUACAAAAAGUGUCAAAGCUCGCAUCUCAACUUGAUCGGCCGUUCAUGUCAUUCAGCAAUCUAAUCGAUCUCAGGAACGAACGUGUGAAGGAAUGUUUUGGUGAUGACCUUGAACAGCCACGCAUUAAAUUCAAACCUUCUGGCGUAUCAAAGAAUUUAAUUGGGCUUAUGCAAGAGUACAACAUUCCUGUGUUACAGGCAAAUAAAAUGUGGAAAUAUGGUCAGCGUCCCAUAUGCUCAACCAGAACUCGGUACUUGGAAAAUAUUGCCAAGGGAAUAGUAAGGAUAGAAGAGCACUUAAGAGAUGACGGCUGGUACCCAACGGACUCCUAUAAACUCGAAUCACCUGAUAAUGGGCGUAUAUGUGAAGAAAUGGAGCAACUUAUUAACGCUGCUUUACUGUGAGCAGCGAUUAAAUUCACUGGAGAAAAUUCUCUUUUUAACUUGAAU